CGGUUCAACCCUCACUGCCUCACGACACAUGCCCCUGCUUCGCAAUGAGCUACUCGCAAGGAAAGGGGUGUCUUUAUCCGGCGUACAGCCUCAGCGGAUCAGAAGGUGAAGAUUCACCGAGGAGAUACAACUUCCAGCACACUUAUCAGCAUCCCUUGUAUCAACAGCCAGCUGGAUUGAGCGACACUCCAACGUCGGAAAACGCUUCAGACGCCACGUUAACCGAUUCCGAACUAGCCCUUGCCAGGGAUUCCACCCUGCUCGUACAUAACGGUUGCCUUCUAGACGGAAUUCCACGCCCCCCUGAUGUACCUCCGAGAAAUCCAACAAUGAGUCGACUGAACGGAAGACUGGCCUCGGCGCCCCUCUCAGACUCCGCACAAGAUUUCGAGCCAUCUUGCCUAGUGAGGACACCCUCAGGCAAUGUGUACAUACCCAGUGGAACACUCAAUCACUCGACGAACAAAAACGCUACGAUCGAUUACAAGUCGAACUCGUCCUGCAGCAGUCCUUCGAAGGAUAUGAAGAAUGCCGACAGAUGCGGCGGCGGCGGCACCAUGCCAUAUGGGGCCCAGGUACCUGUCCUACCCGUCCGAAAUAACUUGCGGAGGCCCAACUCGUCGCACUUUCCACAGGCCAGCCGGUUUCACUUCAGGAAGGGGCUGGCAUCCAAGUGCACGUGGAAAAUCACGGCCAUCGCCUUCAUCACACUUUCGGUGGUGCUGACUGCGGCUCUUUCAUACAUUUCAGCAUCGAGUUUGUUGAACUGGUCAUAUCAAAAUACGAAACCCUGUGAGGUCCUCGUGGGGGACAACACGCAAAUUGUCCCCGCUUCAAAAACGGCCCCGUCCGAAACGAACCUUUCGACAUCGACCCGACCGAAAACUUCGAAUUCCGGAGGUAAAUACAAACUUGCCUAUUCCAGAAAACGUAGAGAGAUUUUAGGUACACCGCAUGCUUUUGUGUUAUCGACUGCCGCCACAAACACCAGUAGCCCCCCUAGUACUCUUGGACCGGACACACUCGAUAGUUUGCAUGAUAGUACGAUUAAACCUUUGCAUGACUUGAACAAUCUCACUUCGAGAAACUUUACACUUCUUGAUGUUGCAUCUUCAACUAAUAGUUCACUGUCUGCCGAAAAUGAGGCUGUAGAAUAUAUAUCUGCAAGUGAAGGUACUAAGAUCAAUGAAACUACGACGGAGUUUGUUACCGACACAUCUUCCCAAUUCACUCAAGAAUUUUCAGAUACCACUCAUCAAGGGUUCGAGAGUACAGUACCAUCUGCUUAUACCAAUGAAGCUGGCGAAAUGGAGUCUGUCGUGGACUCCGACAAAGAUUCCAGUAGUUACGAAGAAUUAGAAAGUGUGGAACAGUUUGAUAACGCAAACACUUCAUCGACUCUAGAACCAAUGACAGCUGAGGAAAAUAAGGACCUUACACCGGUACCAUUUACUGAUGACGAUGAUAGUGAUUCAGAUUAUUCGCUAUUCACAUUAGACAGCGAGAUUUAUGAUGAAAUAAACAAAAAUCAUAAAGACUACAAAUCUUCAGAAUUUCAAAAUGAUGAGCCUUUAUUUUUCAUCAAGGAAGAUAGCGAUAUCCACAUCAUCAAAUUGAACAACCAUACUUUAUCAGAUCCUCAAAAAACCAAAGCAACCUACAACUCCAAAAGUAUUGAUUCCAAAUCUCAAAACUCCAAAGAGUUGACGGAUGCCAACUUAUCCAUUCUUCCUUUAGAUUCCGAAAUGGACGUGAAAAAAAUCAACUUCAAUGACCCCGUUGUUUUUCAUAACACCUCUACUAACAUCAAGGCAAUAAAUGAUUUCGAAACUAACAAUGUUGAACCCGUUAGCCCCAGAGUGAAAGUAAUAGAUUUACCUCCCGUACACAACUCCAGCAUGGCAUCCAAAAGAUUUUUCAUAAAUUUAACCAUAGCCGCUGGUCAUGAUGUUAACAAUCCUUAUACUGAGCAAUCUGUUUAUGUGCUUUCGGUGUCUGUGCCAACUGACGGGAACGAGGACCCGAGUGUUAAUGUUGAUACCAAAGAAAUUCACUCGAAAGAGUCGGUUAAAGUGUCAGAUAAACCUGUAACGCCAGCUUCCAAAGCUUUCGAUAAUAUCAAAGAUAGUUCUGGUGGCGCUUGUGAGUGUUCCUGUCCUUGUCUAGAUUAUAAUACCUUUCCAGAAUCAUUCAGCAAUGAAGACUACAAUUAUGACAGUGCAGUAAUACUGCCGAUGAACAUAUCAACUACCGAGAACAGCGCAAGUAGUACAGAAUCAGUGUCCUCUAACGUUACUACUGAUUCGUAUGCUGAUCUUUCUUCCACCACAGAUUCAACUGGUGUACCUUCGACCUCUGAAACUUGGUCGACGCUUUGUCCAGAAAUAACUACGAAAUUGCCACCACCACCCACCAUUCUUAUUUUAGAAGGUGCCCGUACUUUUCCGGCUCAAUCGUUCCCACCGGACGGAACGACCUUUUCCCAAAUCUCUUUAGGCCAAAGAUUAUCCAAAGAAAUCCCCCCUUAUGGAUACUGGAACAUGCAAUUCUAUCAAUCAGAAGCUGCUUACGUUCAAUUCGACUACAAUAUUCCUAGAGGAGCAAGUAUUGGAGUUUACGCCCGACGAAAUGCAUUGCCUACUCAUACGCAGUAUCACAUCCUAGAAGUCCUUAGUGGGUUCAAAGCAAGAACAACACGAGCAUCGCAUCAAUCAACUGUGAAGAAGGAAGUCACGCAUUACAUGGAGCAAGGUCACUGGUUCUUAUCCUUGUACAACGACGAUGGAGAUCCUCAGGAAGUAACAUUCGUUGCCGCUGUAGCCGAUGACAUGACUCAUAACUGUCCAAAUGGUUGUAGCGGAAAAGGGGAAUGUCUAAUGGGUCACUGUCAGUGCAAUCCUGGGUUUGGAGGAGACGACUGUAGCGAAAGUGUAUGUCCGGUGCUGUGUAGCCAACGCGGGGAAUACAUCAAUGGAGAAUGUCAGUGCAAUCCUGGAUGGAAAGGAAAGGAAUGCCAACUGAGACAUGACGAGUGCGAAGUGCCAGAUUGUAAUGGUCACGGACAUUGCGCGAACGGAAAAUGCAACUGCAUUCGUGGCUACAAAGGAAAAUAUUGCGAAGAAGCUGACUGUCCACAUCCUACAUGUUCCUCCCAUGGUUAUUGUGUGGAAGGUGCAUGCAUUUGCAAGAAGGGGUGGAAAGGUUUGGACUGUGGUCAAAUGGAUAAAGAUGCGCUACAAUGUCUUCCCGACUGUUCGGGCCAUGGAACUUUUGAUUUGGAAUCUCAAACCUGUACUUGUGAACCCAGAUGGUCCGGUGAUGAUUGUUCAAAAGAACUUUGUGACUUGGACUGUGGUAAUCACGGCCACUGUGUUUCGGAAUCGUGUCUGUGUGAUCCUGGAUGGUCAGGGGAAUACUGUAACCUCAAACAGUGUGAUCCCAGAUGCAACGAGCAUGGUCAGUGUAAAAAUGGAACCUGUCUCUGUGUAACUGGCUGGAAUGGAAAACACUGUACUAUAGAAGGUUGCCCAAACAGUUGUUCAGCUCAUGGCCAGUGCCGAUUCAGCACGGAAAGUAUGUGGGAAUGCCGAUGUGAUAAUGGAUGGGAUGGUCCUGAUUGCAGUAUCUUGUUAGAACAAAAUUGCAAUGAUGGGAGAGACAAUGAUAAAGAUGGACUUGUGGAUUGCGAGGACCCAGAAUGCUGCAUGAACCCCGUAUGCAAAAGCAGCCAAUUAUGUGUGUCUGCACCAAAACCAAUAGACAUUCUAUUGCGUAAACAGCCGCCUUCUAUAACUGCUUCCUUUUUUGAAAGAAUGAAAUUUCUCAUAGACGAGGGAAGUUUACAGAAUUAUGCUCGACAAGAAACCUUCAAUGAAAGCCGUUCCGCUGUCGUUCGAGGCCGAGUAACAACGCCCAUGGGAAUUGGUCUAAUGGGAGCUAGAGUCAGUACCAGUACUCCUCUAGAAGGUUUCACUCUCACACGAGAUGACGGUUGGUUUGAUCUCCUCGUUAACGGUGGUGGAGCUGUUACGCUCCAGUUCGGAAGGUCACCCUUUAGUGCGCAAAGUCGUAUAGUUUUCGUUCCUUGGAAUGAGGUGGUUAUAAUUGAUAAUGUCAUAAUGACAACUGGAGAGGAAAGAACUGUCAACAUCAUACCUCAGCCAUGCAGCUCCCACGACUACGAUACCAUGAAGCCAGUUGUCCUCGCCACGUGGAAACAUGGCUUCCAAGGUGCAUGUCCCGACAAAAGCGCAAUUUUGGCAGAAUCUCAAGUAGUGCAAGAAAGCCUUCGCAUUCCCGGAACUGGACUGAACUUGGUUUACCACAGUUCGCGCGCUGCCGGAUACCUGUCCACUAUUCAACUCCAACUGACGCCGGAUGAAAUUCCGUCAGAUCUGAAACUGAUCCAUUUAAGAAUCACCAUAGAAGGUAUACUUUUCGAAAAAGUUUUCGAGGCCGAUCCAGUCAUCAAAUUCACCUACGCCUGGAAUAGAUUAAACGUUUACCGACAGCGGGUUUAUGGAGUAACGAACGCCAUAGUCAAAGUUGGAUACGAGUACAGCGACUGCAAGGACAUCAUAUGGGACGUUCAAACUACCAAACUAAGCGGCCAUGAUAUGAGCAUAUCGGAAGUUGGUGGAUGGAAUUUGGAUAUUCACCAUAGAUACAAUUUUCAUGAAGGAAUCCUACAAAAAGGUGACGGAUCGAAUAUUUACCUCAAACAUAAACCUCGGGUGAUAUUGACAGCUAUGGGCGACGGUCACCAGAGACCUCUAGAUUGUAUGGACUGCGAAGGACAGGCAUCCAAACAACGCCUUCUAGCACCUGUAGCUUUGGCGAGUUCACCAGAUGGAUCUCUGUUCGUUGGCGACUUCAAUUUAGUCAGAAAAAUUCAGACUGAUGGAGUUGUGAGAACCAUCGUCAGAUUAAAUGCUACGAGAGUAUCCUACCGAUACCACAUGUCUCUGAGUCCUUUGGACGGUACCCUGUAUAUAUCUGACCCGGAGUCCCACCAAAUUAUCAAAGUUCGAAACACAGAUGAUUACAGUGAUCCUGACCACAACUGGGAAACUGUUGUCGGAUCCGGGGAAAGAUGCCUUCCUGGAGAUGAAGCACAUUGCGGAGAUGGUGCCUUAGCUAGAGAUGCUAAACUGGCAUAUCCAAAAGGUGUGGCAGUAUCGAACGACAACGUUCUAUUUUUCGCUGACGGCACCAACAUCAGAAUGGUUGAUAGAGACGGUAUUGUUACGACUGUUAUAGGAAACCACAUGCACAAAUCACAUUGGAAACCAUUACCUUGUGAAGGUACGUUGAACAUCGAAGAGGUUCACUUACGUUGGCCAACCGAAUUGUCCAUCAAUCCACUGGACAACACGUUGCACAUCAUAGAUGACCAUAUGAUUCUCCAGUUGACUCUAGAUGGCAGGGUUAAAGUAAUCGCAGGGCGGCCACUACACUGCGCGUCGCCAGUUAGUGGAUACGAUAUUGAUCUUGCAACGCAUGCUACUCUGGUGAUGCCACAGAGCAUUGCAUUCAGUUCUUCCGGUGAAUUGUUUGUGGCGGAGAGUGAUUCACAGAGGAUAAACAGAGUGAGAGUGAUCGGAACCGACGGAAAAAUAUCGCCAUAUGCUGGAGCUGAAUCGAAAUGUAACUGUCUGGAGAGAGGUUGUGACUGUUUUGAAGCAGACCAUUUCCUGGCUUCUAAUACUAAAUUCAACACAAUAUCUGCUGUCACAGUCAGUCCAGACGGCCAUGUACAUAUCGGAGAUCAGGCGAAUUAUAGAAUUAGAUCAGUCAUGGCUAGCAUUCCUGAUGCCAGUGUUUCUAGGGAGUAUGAAAUAUACUCCCCAGAAAGUCAAGAGAUUUAUAUAUUCAAUCGAUUCGGGCAGCAUAUCGCUACUAAAAAUAUCUUGACAGGUGAAUCAAGUUAUGUGUUCACAUACAACGUCAACACCAGCAACGGUAAACUAAGUACCGUUACGGAUGCUGCCGGUAACAAAGUAUUCCUACUCAGGGACUAUUCUAGUCAGGUGAAUUCAAUAGAGAAUACGAAGGGGCAAAAGUGUAGACUACGAAUGUCCAGAAUGAGAAUGUUGUACGAACUGAGCACGCCGGAUAAUUACAAUGUUACAUUUGACUAUCACACCCCGACUGGUUUACUCAAAACCAAGCUGGAUAGCAGUGGUCGAAGUUACGUUUACAACUACGACGAGUUCGGUAGACUAGUCUCAGCGGUUACACCGACUGGAAAAAUUAUAAGCCUGUCUUUUGACCUGAGCGUGAAAGGAGCCACGGUUAGAGUUAGUGAGAACAAUAAGAAGCCAGUGUCGAUGCUCAUCAAGGGGUCCAGUGUAUACACUAGACUGGAAGAUGUCGAAAACAGAAUCAUUCUACUCGCAGAUGGCAGCACUACUAGCAUAUCGUCAUGGACCCAUAGUAUCACAACAGACACUGUACCGUACAAUGUACUAGCUGAUAAAGAACCUAUCUUAGGUGAAAGUUAUCCUGUCCCAGCCAAACAAAGAACCGAAAUAGGUGGAGACCUUGCCAAUAGGUUUGAAUGGAGAUAUUUUGUAAGGCCAAAUCCAAACUCCAAAGGAAAGAACCUGGUACCGAGAACCAUCAUCAAAGUUGGAAAGAAACUACGGGUGAAUGGAGAAAAUCUUCUCACCAUGGAGUAUGAUAGAGACACAGCUUCGGUGUCAGUGUUUAUGGAUGACAAAGUAGAAUUACUUAAUGUGACAUACGAUCGGUCGGCGAGACCCGUCAAAUGGGGGCCACGAAACGGAAUAUUCACGGAGGUCGAGUUAGAAUACGAUAGAUUCAGCCGCUUGAGUAGGUGGAAGUGGGGAGACUUGAGUGAGAGCUAUGGUUUUGAUAGGGCUGGUCGACUCAACGAAAUUAAGUAUGGCGACGGAUCAUCUCUAGUUUACGCAUUCAAGGAUAUGUUCAGUAGUUUGCCCCUGAAAGUUAGCACUCCAAGAGGAUCUGACUAUCUACUUCAGUAUGACGAUUCUGGUGCUCUACAGUCUCUCACCACUCCUAGGGGGCACAUUCAUACAUUCUCUCUGCAAACUUCUCUUGGGUUCUUUAAAUAUCAGUACUUUUCUCCAAUGAACCGCCAUCCAUAUGAAAUAAUGUAUAAUGAUGACGGGCAAAUUCUGGCCAAAAUAUAUCCUCAUCAGUCUGGGAGAGUGUCUUAUGUAUAUGAUGAUGCAGGAAAAUUGGAAACCACUCUUGCAGGAAUGAGUUCAACACAUUACGUAUAUCACGAAAUAUUAGAUCUCGUCAAGAAUAUCGAAAUCGUAGAACCGAACUUUGAAGUAAGGCAGGAAUUCAAGUACCACGCGGGAAUUUUAAAAGAUGAAAAACUCAAGUUCAAUAGUAAAAGUGGACUAGAUAACGCUCAUUAUAAAUACCAGUAUGAUGGAAAUGCGCGAUUAUCAACCAUUGACGUCGAUAUAAAUGGCAAAGAACUGCCACAACUCCGGUUGAAAUAUAAUCAAAACCUCGGUAUACUGGAAGGUAUAAGCGACUUGAGAAUUUACAGAAACACGUUCAACAGGUCAGUCAUGCAAGACACUACGAAACAAUUUUUCACAAUAACAGAUUUUGAUGAUCACGGCAGAAUCAAAACAAUACUAAUCAACAUCAAAUCAUUCGACGUGUUCAGACUGGAAGUUGAGUAUGAUUCGAGAAACAGAAUCAAAAUGCAAAAGCUACUCGUUGGUAGGACACAAUUCAUGGAUAGAAUAGCCUACAAUUCAGAUGGUCAUGUAUUGGAAGUUGUGGGAACCAGUAACUGGAAAUAUGUUUAUGACGAAAAUGGCAACAUAAUCGGAGUAAUCAAAGAAAAAGACAAAAUAUCUCUAGGUUAUGACAGCGGAGAUCGGGUCGUCCAAUAUGGAGACGUUGAAUUCAACAGUUAUGAUUCUAGAGGAUAUGUAGUAAGGAGAGGAGAACAAAAAUACAGAUAUAAUUCGAGAGGUCAGCUCAUUCAUGCUUUUGAGAGAGAUAAAUUCCAAACUUGGUACUUUUACGAUGAUAAACAGAGACUCAUUUCGUGGAACGAUGAUAAAGGUAACAUCACCCAGUACUUCUACUCCAAUCCUUCAACUCCAAAUCUAAUAACUCACGUUCACUUCCCUAAAUCUGGAAGAACGUUUAGAUUCCUGUAUGACUCGAGAGACAUCAUAAUAACAGUAGAAACAUCGGAGCAGAGGUUCUAUGUUGCGUCGGAUCAGAACGGUUCGCCAUUAGCAUUAUUUGACAUUAACGGUAAUCUCAUCAAAGAAAUACGAAGAACUCCUUUCGGUAAUAUUCAGCUAGACACGAAUCCGGACUUCUAUCUUCCUGUUGACUUCCACGGUGGCAUUUUAGAUCCCAAUACCAAACUUGUUUACCUGAAUAAGAGACUUUACGAUCCAAUUGUCGGACAAUGGAUGACUCCCGCUUGGGAAAAUCUUGCAACAAAAUUAACCACACCAACGGAUGUCUUUAUAUACAGAUUUCACAAUAACGAUCCCAUCAACUCAAAGCUAUCUAUAAACUACAUGACGAACCUCAACAGCUGGCUGAAAAUGUACGGAUAUGAUAUGGAAAAGAUGCUGGGAUCUCAAUAUAUCGGGAAAAUGAUAUACAGACCCAAGGCUCUUGUUACAGCUCCUCAACUAGCACCUGAUUUCGGAAUUAUGUCUGGAUUGCAGUGUAUCGCUGAUAAGAUAAAUGAAAAAUUCAUGGAUCUCAGCUUUGUACCAAAGCCUCUUCUAAAAAUGGAGCCAAAAACAAGAAACCUUCUGCCAAGGGUGGCCUACAGGAGGUCCGUCUUCGGAGAAGGGGUCCUCAUAUCCAGAGCAGGAAGUAGAGCUCUAGUUAGCGUAGUAGAAGGAGUGAACGGUGUAGUGCAAGAUGUAGUCACGUCUGUGUUCAAUAACUCUUUCUUCUUGAAUCUGCAGUUCAGUAUCCACGAUCAGGACGUUUUCUAUUUCGUUAAAGACAAUGUACUUAAAAUUCGCGACGACUUGGAAGAGCUUCGUAGAUUAGGAGGAAUGUUCAACGUUUCGACACAUGAAAUCACCGAUCACGGGUCUUCUAUACCCAUCAAAGAAUUGCGGUUGCACAAUCCUGACGCAGUAGUCAUCAUCAAAUACGGGGCCGAUCCCGAUUUGGAGACGCACAAAAUUUUGAGACACGCGCACAAAAGAGCGGUCGAACGGGCAUGGGAAAUUGAAAAGCAGCUGGUCGCUGCAGGUUUCCAAGGAAGGGGCGACUGGACAGAGGAAGAGAAAGAAGAACUGAUAUCUCACGGUGACAUCGACGGGUACGAAGGGGUCGAUAUACACAGUAUACAUAAAUAUCCGCAGUUGGCUGAUGAUCCCGGAAAUGUAGCCUUCCAGAGAGACACUAAGCGCAAGCGCAGAAAGAGUGGUGUUCGUCGUGGCAGAAUACACAGACACGAGUCGUGAUUAUUUAUUAAAAAUGGUGAUAUUCAUUAAAAACAGCAGAAAUAUUUUUAUGUGCCAUACUCAACAUCAAAUCAAACCCUAGUCGUGUUUUCAAACCUAUUUACAAAGACAAAUUACUAUUUUUAAUAAAUUCAUGGCAAUAUUUUGGUACUCGCGAAUGAAGCCGUGAAACUGUCCAAUAAAUAUGUAACUGUGUUGUGUAAAAGCAAUCAAAAGGCCUAUUUGAUAACGAAUAGAUGAGUUUUUCCUACAGGGUAGCCGAGUUACUCUAAGGAUUGCUGUUGAAACAUAAUAAAUGAAGACACUGAACAUAAUUUAUUAUAGCUAAGGCAAUACUAAAGAACUGUACAUAUAUCAGAAGCUUUUUAUAUGGAAACUACUAGUGAAUUGCUAUGACGAGUAUUGAAUGAUUAAUUUUAUUGUGCUGCAACUUCUUAUGAACGUUUUUCUCAGAACGUCAUUGAAUAUGUAGCAUUCGACUGAUAUAUAUUAUUCAUUCACAAUGAAUGUAGAUACAUAAUUUGAGCAUAGUCCAUAGAUGUAAAUAUUUAUUUAUGGUUUUAUUAAGUUUUACAAUUCUAUCCUUGGUGCUUGUCUCCACAACUAUCAAUAUUAGAUUUUUCUGGGCCGUCAUUAUCCAAAUGGGCCAUGUAUCAUUAGAAUAGCGUACUACUGUGACUUUUAUAAAAUCGCGUAAUAGAAAACUUUCUUAAAAUGGUCAACAAUCACCAAAUUAUAUAUAUUAUUUUGCCAUAGAUGAUGUAAGUAUAUAUAUAUAUGAAUUCUUAGGUACAGCUGUUGUAAUGAUAAAUGAACUUUUUUUAUGAAUUUUUGUAUGUAUACUUCAGUAAUACCUUUCAAUAUUGUUUUUCCGGAAUGUAAGAGGUGGACUCUCUCAGAUGUGAUUAGGUAAGGGCGAAUGAAGCCGAAAUGUGGAUAAGUGAUAUUUUUUCUAAUGUGACUAACAAAGCAAUACUUUGUAUCUUAUAUGUCUUAAUUAUUCUUAAAUUAUUAUAUUAUGUGCAAUUGUUGUGUGGUUGUCGUCGAACAACCAGCACUAGUAAUGCAUUGAAAAUAUUGAUGACCAUAUUCGUAAAAUAUUGUAACUAAUAUUUUAUGUAUGUAUAUAAAUUUAUUGUGUAUAUUGUUUUUAUAUGUAAAUAUAUUUUGUUUUAUUCCGUAAUAUAAUCGUUUAUUAAAUGCAGAACUUAUUUAUCAA